GGGGCUCGGGCGGAGAUUGGGCGCCAGCAACCGCGUGAGCCCUGGAUGGUGUGAGCCAGCCCAGAGCCAGAACAUGGCCGCGACGGCCUUGGAGGCGGUGGCCGGGCCAGAUGUGUGGAGCGACACGGACGACGAGGGCAUCCUGCUGGUGAAGCUGGAAGAGGACGCCGGCUACCGGCCCACCUCAGCCCUGCCCACGGACGACCCGGUGCCCGAGGCCUCGCACCAGCACUUCCGACGCUUCCGCUACCAGGAGGCGGCCAGCCCCCGGGAGGCCCUGGUGAGGCUGCGGGAGUUGUGCCACCAGUGGCUGCGCCCCGAGCGGCGGACGAAGGAGCAGAUCCUGGAGCUGCUGGUGCUGGAGCAGUUCCUCACCGUGCUGCCCGGGGAGCUGCAGAGCUGGGUGCGGGGCCAGCGGCCUGAGAGCGGCGAGGAGGCCGUGACGCUGGUGGAGGGUUUGCAGCGACAGCCCAGGAGACCAAGGCGGUGGGUGACUGUCCGUGUGCAUGGCCAGGAAGUCCUGUCCGAGGAGACAGCGCCUCCAGGAGCAGAGCCCAGGAGCCCGAGGGAGCUGCCAGAACCUCCGCAGAUGGCAGCUGAGGAGUCCCUGGACUGCACUGCCCGCUCUCCCACUCUGAGCCCAGAGGAGCAGAGCUUGGAUCAGGCUCCGGAGCCUCAGCCCACACAGGAGAGCGAGGUUCCUGUACCCCACGCCCCAGACCUUCCCGAGGAGAACACAGGAAACCCAGAAAUGGUCGCGCUGCUUACUGCUCUCUCCCAGGGCCUGGUAACGUUCAAGGACGUGGCUGUCUGCUUCUCCCAGGACCAGUGGAGUGAUCUGGACCCAACACAGAAAGAGUUCUAUGGGGAGUAUGUUCUGGAAGAAGAUUGUGGCAUUGUGGUUUCCCUGUCAUUCCCAAUACCUAGACUGGAAGAGCUCUCCCACAUCAGAGAGGAUGAGCCUGUGGUCACAGAGACUCCAGACACUCAAGAGAUUCAAGAUGUUCAAGAGCCGGAAAUCCUGAGUUUCACCUACACAGGAGACAGGAGCGAUGAUGAGGAAGACUAUAUAGAAGGAGAAAACCCGAAUUUGAAGGAUUCGCACAGGCCUACCGUGGGCAACGUGGAAAUCCACCAGACACCAGACUGGGAAAUGAUCUUUGAGGAUGAUCCCGAGAGACGGAAUGAAAGGCUAUUUGGGACAACCAUUUCCCAAGUUAACAGCUUCCUGAGUCUCCCCGAAACCUUGCCUCUCUACCCACUGCUGGCACGGCACCAUGACUGCCCCGUGUGUGGGAAAAGCUUCAGCUGUAACUCCCAUCUUGUCAGGCACUUGAGAACUCACACAGGCGAGAAGCCCUACAAGUGCAUGGAGUGUGGAAAGAGUUACACCCGGAGCUCGCACCUUGCCCGGCACCAGAAGGUCCACAAAACAGCCACUCCCCACAAAUCCCCCCUGGCCCAGAAGGAGUCGGACGAUCCCUCAGCUCAGGCGCCCAAGACGCCGCCUGCUGACAAGCCCUACCGUUGUGAUGUCUGCGGCAAGUACUUCCGCUGGACUUCUGACCUUGUCCGGCACCAGAGGACUCACACAGGGGAGAAGCCCUUCUUCUGCGGCAUCUGCGGAAAAAACUUCAGCCAGAAAUCGGUGCUCACCACCCACCAGAGGAUCCACAUGGGCGGCAAGCCCUACUUGUGUGGCGAGUGUGGUGAGGACUUCAGUGAUCACCGGCGCUACCUGGCACACCGCAAGACACAUGCCGUGGAGGAGCUCCACCUCUGCAGUGAGUGUGGCCGCUGCUUCAGCCAUAGUGCCGCCUUCGCCAAGCACCUGCGGGGCCAUGCCUCGGUGCGGCCCUGCCGCUGCAGCGAAUGCGGGAAAAGCUUUAGCCGCCGUGACCACUUGGUCCGCCACCAGCGCACACACACGGGCGAGAAGCCCUUUACCUGCCCCACAUGUGGAAAAAGCUUCAGCAGAGGUUACCAUCUCAUCAGGCACCAGCGGACCCACUCGGAGAAGACCUAGCAGAUCCUGGCCAGAGUUGGCCACUCUUGGCCUCCCCUGCCCAGACAGAUACCAGCUACAGCCCCCCCACACCCCCCGCCUGACCUGCGUCUGUAUUAAUCUCUUCUCACACUUCGGGCCCGGCCCUGGCCCAAGCUGCCCCCUCACUGUUGGAACCCGCAUGGCCUGAAGUACAAUGUGAACCAACUUGAGGCUUCCGCCUGGGGUUCCUGUCUACCUCAGGGAUGAAGUUGACGUGGUCAUGACAUUCUCCCACAAUGGGGACAGUUUUUAUUUCCUGAAGACUUUUAACAGCGCUGUGUUGGCCUGUGCGUGGCCUGUGGAAGGGCCAGUCUAGAGGACCCUUCCUCUCCCGGCCUCUACAUUAAAUAAAGCACAUGGCCCUGAACUUGGCUCAAAGGCCAACCCCCUGCUGGCUCAGCCACACUUGCCCAGGAGGAUGGCACACCCACCUUCACCACGCACUUGGAUAUGGUGGAUGAAGACCACAAGGCCGCUGCUUUAGGACUUCGUCAGAUGCCAAGAGCAAUGCCAGACACCACUCCCUGGUGGGGUGGUUCCCCACCAGAACACUCAUGCCUUUAGCCCCCCAACAUCUCUCUGCCACCUGUCUCGCUUCUAUUCUGCCCCCAUGUACUUGUGACCCAAGUGCCACCCAGCAUGUGGGUGCCAAGGGCCUCCUUAGACCCUGUUCAUCCCGCUUUCCUCACACUGCUCUGUGGGGGGAUUUUCCAACUGUGUCCACUUAGCAUAAGGCACUACCAGAGCCCUAGUCAUGGCUGACCAAGCUGCUUCACUGACAUGAUGGAAACUGGAGAAGAACCAGGCUCAGUGCUGGGGGAACGUAGGAAAAGCCACAGUUGCUGGCCGAGGCUGGUCGGGACUCCUGGGGAUGCCCAGGAGCCAAACAGUCCUGGCAUCGGGCCAUGGUGAGCCCUGCCCCAAGGACCCCAAAGGAUUUGCCAAGAGAAAGUGGCUCUCACCAACUUGCUUUGUUGGCUUUUUUCUUAAGUGAUGUCAUUUUCACCUAGUUAAGAGAACCCAAAUCUGGUCUCUCCGGACCCUGGGCAUUCUGCCACCAGAGACAAAGGGCUUCCAAACUGACCCUCGCCUGCUCUGACCAGUCAUUGACCAUAAUGGAGAAACCAGCCCUGCUAGUGGAGCACAGGGUAUGGGAUUAAAGCAGGAGGAGGGAGACGGGCCUCCAGGCCUGCUUUCCUCUCCGUGCCAGCAGCACGGAACUGUGGCCUCCACCCUGUCCUCUCACCAGGACACCAUCCCUCGGGCCAGUGAGGAGAUUCCAGCCAGCCCUGGUCUGAUCAUUAGCUGGCCUCUGGGAAGUAUAUGCUCGGGAAAGAAAAGCUCCGAUUUCUGGAACUUUCUGUCUCACCAUUCUCUCUUGAGGACCUGAGACCUCGGGCGUGCAGAGCAGUUUCCCCUUAAGGACAGAGCUGGUUGCCCGGCAAACAGGCUCCUCAUGGGGCGUCUGCUGCUCACACUGGCACUUCUCAGCCAUGGGCCAAGCGUGAGGCACAUUCCCCCAAUCCCCUGACCAUGUGAUUUUGCUGUCUCGGUUUCUCUGAGCUCAAACCAUUUGUGGAAGUUGAUCAGGUGGCAGAAAAACUGGAUUCUUUUUUUAAAGAUUUCUUUGCUGACUGAGCAUUUCAGUAAAUGUGUUGACAGUCCUUACCUA